UCGGUAGGUGGCGUCUACGCAGACGUGUCGAAUUUUCAUUCAUACGGUACAUUCCCCCGUUGUCUUCCCUGUUUGCCGACUAAGGACACGUCGCUUUAGCGAUUUAAAACGGCACUACCUCGCGCAAGUCACUGCUCGUGCAACUUUGUUACACCCGGUCAGCCAAGGCGCAGCAAGGACCGGUAAAGAUGCCGUCGACGGUUCACUACCCCGCAAUUCUUCUCUACACGUUGUCUCUGCUGGCAGUGUUUCUCGUCGCGGACUCCAAAACUCUGAAAGAAGGCGAUUGUGAAGUGUGUGUUGGAGCAUUGAAGAAGCUCCAUGACAGGUUGGAGGUUGAGGAGCGGUCUAACGAGGGCUCCGUUGAGGCUGGCUUCCUGGAGUUCUGCAAGACGUCCAAAGGGCCUGAGCACCGCUUCUGUUACUACGUCGGUGGUCUGGAAGAGUCUGCCACGAAGAUUGUGAACGAACUGACAAAGCCAUUCAGCUGGGGGAUGCCUGCACUCAAAGUCUGCGAGAAGCUUGUUGCCAAGGAUUCGCAGAUCUGUGACCUUAAGUACCCGAAGGUCAUCGACCUCAAAACAGUGAACCUGAAGAAGCUGAAGGUCAAGGACCUGAAGAAGAUCCUGAGCGACUGGGACGAACGCUGCGAGGGCUGCGUAGAGAAGACGGACUUUGUGAAGAGGAUAGAAGAGUUGAAGACGGUGCACAUGCGCGAGGAACUUUGAUGGGUGGGAGACGCCCACAGUGCACCGCCAGCUCUUUGUCACAACUCAGCCACCCUGUACAGCCCUGCCACAGCCUUUUCGCCACAUUGCGUCAUGCGUUCCUUGGGGAAAGGGGGGAGGGGGUCCUAAUUUAUCAACUUUCUAUUGAGAGUCAUGUACAAAGCAUCCAUUAAAAUGUCUCUUUGUUUAUGCACACACAA